AUAAAGAACUACAAUACUUUCAUUUUCAUGGAUGUGAGCUUCAUAGGUUUGGAUCCCAUUUAAUGCAUAUUCAAGUCAACCAAGGUAGGCAGAGACAUGAAGCAGCCUUGAAAUCCAUUACUUCACUUUCUUGCUUGAUCCCAACUUCGACCUUUCUUCCGUGCAACUUCCUUUUUUUCAUCUCCAUGACUUUAUUUAUAAAUAGCCUAAAAAUAAACACUUGUUGAAUGCAUCCAAAUAAACUCAUAAAAGAAACACAAGUUAUGGAAGAAACUUUUAUUUCCUCCAAACCAUGUGCCAAAGAAGAAGAGAUCAUCGAUUUGAACCAAAUCACACUCCGAUCCUUUAAUCUUUCUGACCUUGAUGAUGUAAUGGUGUGGCAGACUGAUGAAAAAGUGGCCAAGUUCUGGGGGGAACCUUACACCAGCAAAGACCAAGGCAUCAACUUCAUUGAAAAUAUAGAAAGUGAAUAUCUACUACAAUGCAAAGCAAUAUGCCAUAAUGAUCAUGUUAUUGGGUGUAUUAAGUUGUUCUCGAGUUCACUUCAUGAUAAGAGCAGGUACAAAUGUGCAGAAAUUGGUUAUGUUCUAGCCUCUAAAUACUGGGGUAAAGGGAUUGCCACGUGUGCUGUGAAACAAAUGGUUAUGGUUACAUUUGCAUUCAGUGAAUUUUCAUAUUUGGAAAGGCUUGAAGCUCUUGUUGAUGUGGAUAAUGUUGGGUCACAAAGAGUACUUGAAAAAGUUGGUUUUCAAAAAGAGGGAGUUCUUAGAAAGUAUGUAUUCUUUAAAGGAAAAAGCAGAGAUAUGAUCAUGUUCAGUCUUCUUUCUACUGAUAUUCAACUAUGAUUAAAUAUAUGUAACAAAAUUAAAGGACACUUUGCAUUUAUCAUUUAAUUUUUUUUAUUUUAUUUUAUUAA